AAAGCAAGCGAGUUGGCAGCCCCGCCGCGCUGCAUUACGAAGUUUCACUUUCAUAUUUGUUUUGAAACAUUUCGAAACUAGUCAUUUACCAAAAAUGUUGGCGUCGCGCUUAAGUCUCCUGCUGCCCCGCGCGUCCUGGCUGCGCGGCUGCUCCACGACGACGGUGGGCCGGCAGCAGCACCGGCAGGUGCCCACGGAGUCCGCCGUGCACGAUCCCCUCCAGGCACAAGCCCUCAAGGAGCAGUGCAUCCUGGUGGACGCCAACGACCAGGCUAUCGGCGCAGCCUCCAAGGCGGACUGCCACCGGGUGCACCCAGAGACGAAGGAUGUGAAACUGCACCGAGCCUUCAGCGUUUUCCUCUUCAACUCCCAGGGCGAGAUGCUGGUGCAGAAGCGAUCGUCUCACAAGAUAACCUUCCCGAACACCUACACCAACGCCUGCUGCAGCCAUCCGCUCCACGAGAUCGAGCAGGAGCGCCAGGAGAGCGAUGCCCUCGGGAUUAGGCUGGCUGCCCAGCGGCGGCUUAACUACGAGCUGGGCAUUCCCACGGAGGAGCUACAGCCGCAGGACUUCCGCUACCUGACCCGCAUCCACUACGCGGACACGGGCGACGGAGUGUGGGGCGAGCACGAGAUCGACUACAUCCUGUUUCUGCAAAAGGACGUGACCCUGCGGCCAAACAGCAAUGAGGUUAGCGAGGUGCGCUACCUCAGGCGCGACAAGAUCGACGAGGCGGUGGCCAAGUUCAGUGCCCCGCUGACACCCUGGUUCGCUCUGAUACUCCAGCACCGCCUGAAGCUCUGGUGGGACAAUUUGCAUCAGCUGGAGCAGUUCGAGGACUUGAGCAACAUUCAGCGCUUUUAAGUGUGCUAACCAACCAAAAAUACACGUAAUGACGUAUCAAA